UUUAAACAGAGAGAUAGUAUCAUAAAGAAAAAAGAAAAGCACACUACCUCUACUUUGCUCGCCUUAAUUAAUUACUUCGCCAGGAACCACAUUCCUUACCCUCCGAUCGCACUCAGUCCGCUGCCCGCCUGUCCCUCGGAAAGAGCAAGAAAAACGCGCGGCCUACUCUAUCCAAACCCAGCAACGAGUUCCUCUCCCUUGGUCUGUCCAUCGUUGAUAAACCGUUGUUAGCAAACGAAGAAUCCUUAUUCUCUGCAAGUUUCCCCAGCUUACUGUCCCAUGCCAGCAUCUCGUCCUCAGCAUACUGACCAACACGCGAAACGGACGACUGCAGCUCCCACACCAUCCUGUACCAGCAAGAACAACAACAACAUCCUCUCUGUCCCAAGCGACCAACGCCAUCAGCACCACCAGCACCACGAGCAGCAUCAGCAGGAACUCGAUUCUGUUGUAUCCAGUCCUCAGAGUAGUCCAACAAAUCCACACCCCAGCCGUUUUAUCGCGCCUCAGUCUUCUCUGACCCUUGCAAGCUUUCACAAAAGAUCUCUGCCGGACACCGAUCAUGUUACUGAUACCGACAGCAACACUCGAGACUACACCGGCAACACCGGUGCGUCUCCUGAUCUGCAUGCAAUCAGUGUGCGGUCGGUUCCCACCUCAGCCUCCCCCUCGUCUUCAGCCUCAGGUCAUUCGCACUCGAACCACAGGAAUGUAGCAAUCUCAUGUGUCAAAGCUCAACCGCAACCGCGACACCCUUCUCAGGCUCAUCAUCAGACACAAAGCCAGGCUCUGCCUCAGAGCCGCGUGCAAAGUCCAUCUCAAAUGAUUGCGCUGAAUGAGGCUCGCGUGUUUGCCCAGCAGCUGCUUCAGCAGCAAUUGCAUCAGCAGCAGUAUUACAUUAGUCAACAAAAUCAGCAACCUCAACAUCCCAGUCAACAACAGGGGUCUCAUCUCGACACCGCGCGCUACGCCAGUCUAACGCCGACUGGAGCGCGGUCGAUUACUGGACCAAUGAUGAGUGCACGGGGCAGUACUGCGGCAAGUACUAUCGGAGGCGGAGCCGCAAACCCAGUUCAAGGAGGAACACGAGGAAACGCAGAUGAACCGAUGGAGCAAACACUUCUUCUUGUCCGACCCGUGUGGGUGUUAGAUCAGGAUGCUGCAGCUUGCAGCAUUUGCGCGAGAACCUUCAACGCCGUUCGACGUAAGGUAAAGAAGUGCAUUCCUCCUUUUCCCAGAAUGCGCCUUUUUUUUUGUCCCUGCAUUCCGAACCAUUGCCUGGCGCGCAAACACGGCAUUGGCUAGUCCCUGAUAUGUUGGCGCGAUUCCCAAAGGGCCUAUUAGACCUUUUGUCUUGAGCGAGUAUGGACACAGAUCUAUUCACUACGUGACGGCAAAGGGGAGAAUAACAUCACUUUGACACUUAUGAGUCAUGGGAUUGAU